AUGAGCCGGAAAGCUACAGCACGAAGCUGCUUUGCACCAGUGCAUCCCGAAGAAGCCAGGAUAGUGGUAGUCCUUCCAGUUGGGGACCUCCUGCUGUCUUGCUACCAGUGCCCCAGAAAGUGCUUCGAACACCCCCAUUUCGUUGUGGUCCUGGAGCCUUCACCGAGGCCUGGCCCUGGGGUGCACCCCUGCUGGCCUUUGGCUCCUUGGGAGUUUCUGCAGUGGCGACCCCAGCAGGAUAGGAGGAAGCUGCUGUACCCUCAGACGUCGACGUCGUCCCGGUCUUCCUCAGCGUCAGCGAGAGGGAAGAGGAGACUUAUCCACAUGGCCAACAGCACCACAGCUGCCAAGAGGACUUUUAGCAACAGCAGAGCCGCCGCUCCGCCGAUGUACUUUACGUACGUCGUCACCCCGCAGCAAGCCGCCUACAGCUAUUCUUUGUUCGGAGUGAAGAAGCUCACCCUCACCAAGGAGCAUAAGGACAGGAUCCCGGCUGCCAUGCGUCAGCACUACUUGGGCCUGUUCACCGAAGAAUGCCUCAAGUUCUCCUCUUCGUACCUGGAGGCCAUCGAGAAGGCGCAGUCAGAGGAGAAGGUGGUCUAUGACCAAAGUCCCGGCAAGGACAAGUACCUGAAUGUCGCCCUGCACACCCUGAAAAAACUCAGGGGCCUGGUUCCCAGUGCCGUGCCAGGUCUCAGCAAGGCCACGCUGUACAGCCGCCUGAGGAGCUAUAUGCUCUCGGAGGAGGAUCUCCAGAAGCAUGGCUUCCCGUUCGCACAUCCCGAGAAGCCCGGGGCUGCGCUGCUCUUCAAGCAAGAGCAGCGUCGGAGUCCGACCCACACGACCUGCUGCCGCUGUAGUACUGAGUAUCGCGUGUCGUCCUCUGGCCGCUGCCUCAGCCCCGAACCCUGCGUGUUCCACUGGGGGCGCAGAGCCUUCGUCCGGGUGCUCGGCGGCUUUGAGUCGCGGUACUCGUGCUGCCAGGCGUUCGUGGGAGCCACCGGCUGCACGGUGGCCAAGCAGCACGUGCAGGACGGCAGGAAGAGCAACUUGCAUGGCUUUGCCAAGACCUUCCCCAAGAAGGACUGGGAGGCUCACGCGGGCAUCUACGCCCUGGACUGUGAGAUGUGCUACACCACGCACGGCCUGGAGCUCGCCCGCGUCACAGUGGUGGACACGGACUUGCGAGUGAUUUACGACACCUUCGUCAAGCCGGACAAUGAGAUUGUGGAUUACAAUACCAUCUAUUCUGGAGUGACCGAGGCGGACCUGGCAAACACCAGCGUUAGGCUGCGGGAUGUCCAGGCCAUGCUCCUGAGCCUGUUCAGUGCUGAAACCAUCCUCAUCGGACACAGCCUGGAGAGUGACCUGCUGGCUUUGAAGUUAAUCCACGGCACAGUGGUGGACACAUCUGUGCUCUUUCCCCACUACCGGGGUCUUCCCUACAAGCGCGCCUUGCGAAGCAUCGCCUACCAGUACCUUAACCUGACAAUCCAGAACCACAGCAGUGGACAUUGCUCUAUCGAGGAUGCCAGUGCCUGCAUGCAGCUGGUGACCUGGAAGAUGAAGGAAGACGCCAAGUUCUUCAGCCCUCCUCAGCAACAGGCCACUUGCUCAAAGUGCGCGCUGCAGCAGAAGCUGGUUUGCAUCAGCCGACAUACCCAGACACCAGAAGUGCCCGGGACGCUAGACAAGCUGCAACCAGAGGAACGAGGCACAGACCUACCCCACACUCCCCAGCUAGAGACUUGA